UUAGGGGGGGGUGAGUGUUAAAUUAAAUGAGAAUGUUUCAAUAAAGAAAGACAAAAAGUCAAAAAGUCUCUCUCGUCCCUUCAGGAAGAAGGAGACGACGACCUCAUGUUCAAGAUGGUGUUUGUGGUGAACAUGGACCUGGCCAUGGGUGUGGGAAAGGUGGCUGCGCAGGUGGGCCAUGCGGCCGUAGGGCUUUACCAGGCCCUGCAGGAGAAGAACAGCUGGAGGGAGAUGGCCUGGAAGUGGGACCAUGGCGGGGCGAAGAAGGUGGUGUUGCAGGGGACCAACAUGGCUCACCUUUUGGAGCUGCAGGCCCUGGCAAUGAGCCUUAGUCUGCCCACGUAUCUGGUCCAGGACGCCGGACGCACCCAGGUGAGACGUGCGGCUACACGGCAGCGGUUUCAGGACCUAGUUACAGACCCAAUGCGCCACUAUUACGGCUCUAUGGUAGCACUGCUGCACCUGCUUACAGGCACACAGCCCCACCAUGACUGUUUCGUAGUUAUAGUAGCUCCUGCUUACAGACACAUGCACCAGCAUUGGGGCUCCACAGCAGCACCUGCUGUGUUACGUGGAAGCCAUUUAGUUUCCACGUAACACUAUAGUGUCUGCUUUCAGGGGUACGCCCAGCCAUUAUGAUAAGUAUUGAGUUUGAACGUAGUAUACCCAUCUGGUUUGAGGAGUUGGCGAGAUAACUUUGGUCAACUCUGAGUUCAACUUGGGACAGCCGGUACCACAAAAGAGGCUCACCGUAUAGCCYGGRAAAUGUAUAUGGCAACGAAUGCUUCAGAACUAACCUGCUCUGGGGCAAGCUAACUAGGGGCUAACUCCGUUUAUGAAGUGUCUGAGACGUGUGUUGAGGACCAAUGAAAUCAGAUUCGUUCCCUCUUGCGAACAUUGCGUCAUCAAAGGUGACAGAUUAAAUAUUUAAUUAAUCAAAUUGUUUGUGUGUAAAAAAAAAAACUAAAAUACCUAUCACAUUACAUAUUUUGUAAUGACAGCGUGCAUUUGAAAGUUCCCGUUUUGUAUGACAUUAUACAAUUGUUUUAUCCAUAGGAGUGGGGGAAAAGGUGCUGUGUAUAUUGAAGCACAUGAGACGGCCUUAACGAUACCUAAUAAAAUAAAACACUUAUAAUAGCCUAUUUCAAAUCAUAGCCUGCUAAAUGUGCAAUAACUUUUUUUGUAACCAAGAUUUUUAAUUUAACUUUUGGUAUUAUAAAAUGGGAUUAGACGGGGGUACAUAAAUAUUACAAUGAGUUUGAGAAAAUAAGAGUGCCUUCAAAGUUUUCAUACCCRUUGACGUAUUCCACAUUUUGUUACAGCCUGAAUUCAAAAUAUUUAUAUUUAUUUUCUCACCCAUCUACACACAA